AUGGAAGUCAAUGAUAGUUCAGGAGGAUACUUCAUCUUAAUGGGUUUUUCUGACCGACCUCAGCUAGAAUUGGUACUUUCAUUAUUUUUCUUUGUGUUGUACACCAUUACAUUGAUGGGCAAUAUGACCAUUAUCAUUUUAUCUUUUCUGGACUCUCGGCUCCAUACACCUAUGUACUUCUUCCUCAGAAACCUCUCCUUCUUAGACAUCGGUUUCAUUACUAGCGUUGUCCCCCAAAUGCUGAUUAACAUCUGGGGGCAUAAUAAAAGAAUCAGUUAUAUUGGCUGCUUGGUCCAAUACUCAGUAGCCUUGGCUCUUGGCUCUACUGAAUGUGUGCUCCUUGCUGUGAUGGCUGUGGACCGCUAUUUUGCUGUUUGUUGGCCCUUGCGCUAUGCCACUAUCAUGCAUCAACGUCUCUGCCAUCUCCUGGCAGCUACUUCUUGGUUCUCAGGCUUUGCUAAUUCAGUCCUCCAGUCAUCUUUGGCAAUGGUGUUGCCAUUAUGUGGCCACCGUCAGGUAGACCAUUUCGUUUGUGAACUACUUGUCAUUGUAAGGUUAUCUUGUGUGGACACUAGGUCAAUGGAAUCCAAAAUGUUCAUUGCUCGCUUGAUCAUUUUGGCCAUACCUGUCUCUAUCAUCCUCACCUCAUAUGCCCAUAUUGCUUGGGCAGUGGCAAAGAUCCACUCAGCUGAGGGACAGAGGAAGGCUUUUAAGACCUGUGCCUCACACUUGAUGGUGGUUUCAUUGUACUUUGGGACUAUCAUGUUUAUAUAUCUUCAGCCCAGGAACAAUUAUUCCCAGGUCCAAGGUAAGGUCCUUGCCCUUAUCUAUACCAUUAUAGCCCCCUCCCUCAACCCUUUGAUAUAUACACUGAGAAAUAAAGAUAUUAAUAGGGCAAUGAAGAAAGUGAUGGGGAAACAGGAUACUUAA